UCUAGGUUAAGCCACGUGACAGGCUCAGUCAAGGUGGACGGCGUGACGGCCGACGAGGCAGGGCUGCGAAUCUGGCGGUCCCGACUGUGCGCGCUGCCACAACGGCCGGCGUUGUUCGCGGCCCCCCUGAGGGAUAACCUGGACCCCGAGCAGAGGCACAGCGACGCCGAGAUCCACAGAGCGCUCGCGCAGGUGGAACUCCAAGAAAUGGUGACCAACAUGCCAGCCGGUCUCAGCACCAAAGUCGGCGAUGGUGGUGGAAACCUCUCCUCCGGCCAAAGACAGUUGAUCUGCCUCGCUAGGGCCGCGCUGACCGGAUGCACUGUCUUGGUGCUUGAUGAGGCUACUGCCAAUGUGGACACUGAGACAGACAAGCACAUCCAGGCGACGAUCCGAACCAAGUUCGCCGACUCUACAGUGCUGACCAUCGCUCACCGGCUCAAUACCGUCAUGGACUACGACAGAGUCAUCGUCAUGGACAAGGGCCGAGUGGUGGAAUCAGGACAUCCCUUCGAACUCCUCACGCAGUCCAACGUCCAGGCCAAACCUGACGCGGUACCGCUUAGGAGGUCCCUUCUAUCCAAGAGCUCGGCACCCUUAGCCAUUCCAGAAAAUUUCGCGUACGACCCUGAACCGAGGCUCGAAGAUCAGAACGAGACGGUGCUAUUGUCAAGGGAAAGAGUGCGAACGUAUUCUAACAGGUCGGAAUCGAACGACCAAGAAUGCACGGGCAUAUUCAAGGCACUGGUGGAGCAGACUGGUCGGGAGACAGCCGCCAUGCUUUACCAAAUGGCUGAAGAAAGCUACAAAAAUAUGUUAAAGAAGAAAAAUGCUUAGAAAUCUACAUCCUAUUCGACAUUCCAUCUACCAGUGAUUCUGGUAUUUAUUAUACAAAUCAGUAUUACCAUAUACUUAAAUGUUAUGUAUCACGAAUUUAAUUUUGCGCGAAUGAUUAUUUUUUGCUGUUGCAAUUGAUUUUUUUUAAUAUCUAUCAUUUAUUUGAAAUCGCAAGUUUUCAAUAUUUAUGUAUAGUCUGGUCUGCGAGCAC